UUUGGCUGAAAAGGAGUCAGCUACCUUGAUUUAGCCAGGUAGCCCAUGCCCCCGGCUCAGCCAUAGCCAUAGUUGCCAACAAAUCAUGCCGGGAAUGCUUUUUACUCCUCUUUUGUCCAGGUUUGUUUGUAUGUGCGCUGGAUAUGGGGCACCAGCUGAAACUCCGGCUGACAAGCAAGGGUCAGCAAAGAGUGUCUCCGAUUCGAAGGCACCGACUUUGCUUCAAAAGCAAAACCGCCGAGAGGUCCAUAUCGACAAGACUACGACAGUUCCACUCGAGUUGUACUGGGAGCUGAUCCGAGCUGGAGAACGAGCCAAGGAAAGAGGGCAACACCGGCUGACCAAGGGCAGCCGGCACGUUGGUAUGCACCUCAUAAUGAGCAACUGAGGGGUGUUUGGGCCUUCGGGAGCUUUGGCAAUCCACAGAUGGGCUAUAUAAGGGCCAGGGCAUGGAUCCUCACGCUGCAAUAACUUGGUCCGACCCUGCCAAGCAACGCAGCUGGGUACCUGUCAGCCGAGAUGGCGCUA